AUGAGGCUGCCGGAGAGGGAAGCGACGCCGUAUUUGGCUAUGGUGCUGUCCACAACAGCUCAGGUGGGCCUCAUCGUCAUCAGCAAAAGAGCCAUGGCCACCGGAAUGACUAAUUACACAUUCGUCGCCUACUCAAACGCUCUUGCCGCCGCCAUUCUCCUCCCUGUAUCUCUUAUCGUUCACAGGUCGUCGGGCCGGGCCCCACUCAAUUUCUCGCUUGUUUGUGGGUUUUUCUCGUUGGGUGUUCUUGGGUGCUUGGCUCAGCUGACUGGAUAUACCGGAAUUAAUUACACUUCAGCAGCAUUUGCCUCAGCAAUGCUUAAUCUCAUUCCGGGGUUCACCUUUAUACUUGCAAUCAUAUUCGGGAUGGAAAAGCUAGCCUGUAAAAGUUCGAGUUUUCUCGCAAAAGCAAUUGGAACUGUGGUGUCAAUUGCUGGUGCUUUUAUAGUGACUCUGUACAAAGGCCCUGAAAUCUCGAUUUUCAAAUCACCUUCAAAUUUUCUCAAUGAAUAUAUGCAAACCCCACAGUUGAACUUGAUAAUCGGUGGAUUAUUCCUAGCGGCAGACUGCCUAGCUUCUUCUGGCUACAUAAUUAUACAGGGAAUUUUUGGAUCGGCAUUCCAAGUGAGUGUAAAUGUGUGGUGCCUACGUAAGAAGGGCCCACUUUUCGUUGCUAUGUUUCAUCCGCUCAGCAUUGUCAUAGCAGCUGCUCUGGGUUUUAUUUUCUCGGGCGAUAUUGUUUAUGUUGGAAGUUUGGUGGGCUCCACUAUCAUUGUUAUUGGGUUUUACUCGGUGAUGUGGGGUAAAUCGAAAGAAGUGAAGAUGAUUAGGGACUGUAUAGCAAGAAAUCGUGAAGCGAUUGGAGAAAAAGAAGAACCCCUUUUGCCAGCUAAAAACGAGCAGACCGAAGUUUAA